AUGGCUCGAACCACAAGAAGUCGCAAGGUCGAAGCUCCCUCUGCACAGCCCAUCAGCAGCUUCACUCGCGUAUCAAAGAGCCAAGUUUUGCCUGAUACAACCAAAAAGGCCGUCGUUUCCAGCGUUGAACCAACAUCGCGGAAGAGGAAAGCUGUAGGCGACAACGCUGAGAGCAACCACCCCCGAGCCACCAGAAGGACCGUCUCGUUCCCUCCAAGCAGCGAUGAGGAGCAGCAGCCAGCAGCAUCGAAGCGGGCCUGUCGAAGAGACUCGGCAGUCGAGGUGGCCGUGACCGUCACAACCCCGGUCAAGGGAAAAAAGGUUGCCAAGUCAACGCCUUCACGGGCUGCCGCUGCCCAUAAGCCCAGCGAGUCGACCAUCAUCGCAAAGUCGAAGCAGGACGGCAAGGCCAAGACUGUGCAGACAAAACUCGACGCGUUCCGCCUCACCGGCCAGAAAAAGGCUCAGGCUCAGGGCAUUGACGCUGAGUUCGCCCCCGAGCUGGUCGACUUGAUCCGCUUGCACAAGGCAUUUCUCAAGACCGUCACCCUCCAAAUUGCACACAACGGAACCAUUGUGCCUAUCGAUAUCUCAUCCAUUACGCCACACAUCACCCGUACCUGGGGCAAGCGACAGGUCACAGUCGAUGAUAUCCGAACAUGCAUUGCCAUCCAGACAUCCACCCGAGACGCCAAUGUCGUCUCCCCCUUCAUCGUGUCCGACUAUGGCCGCGGCAAGAUUUGCAUAGAGUUGCAUCCCGACCAUAACAAUGGCGCAGUGGCCUUCAACGAAGAGAAGCUCUGCAGGCAGUUUGAAGAGAACCUUCGAGCUCUUUGCACUAACCGAACUCACGAUGACAUGGCUGACGUGGACGUACCUCUCGCCAGUUUAUCUCUGGACGAGCUUCCUCGCGCUGAAAUCAAAAACAUGGACCUUGGCAUCAAGGCAAAUCCCAUCCUGGCUAAAGGACACGACGCUCUAUCUACACUCAAGGGAGGAAUUCUGGUGAAGCAGCAAGAGAAGGACACCAAGCAGCAAGCUACUACCGCCAUGGUAAAUUCCGACGGCACCAAGAUGAGCCUCUUGGAUCGUCUACGCCACAAGCAGCUCGCCAAAGCCAACGAGCCUCUUCCCCCAUCAGGACCCGAGCUCCAGCGCCGGGCUGCUUUGAACCGAGUCGUCGACGUAGCAGCUACUAUUUCCAUGCUCAGCUUGUCCAACCUCGCAUCUCUGCCAAGGCAAGCUUUUGCCAUGGGACUCAUCUCGGAGAAGCUCAGAGACUCUUUGCGCGUUCCCGUUUCAAAGGAGGAAGGAAUGAUUUGCGUUCGAUUGAUUGCCACCGAGGUUGCACCCGAGUGGCUCAAGGUUGUUACUAUCGGUGGGAGGGAAAACAUUGUCAUUCAAAGGGGUUCCCAGCCUGUUGAUCGAGUUAUUGAGGAGCGAGUACAGAAGCUGCUGGCAUGA